AUGUCGGACCAUGAGGAGAACACCUCGGAGGGCGUCUUCAAGACGCCAAUCCCCGAGCUCGACGACCACCGUCAUCAGGUUGCGGCUAGUCUCCAUCCUGAGCGGCCCCGAAGAGGCACUUUCGACACGCUCUACGGAGCGCGUUUGUUGGGACCGGAGUCGGUGUCCGGAGAGCAGUCGCCGAGCAUUCUCGUCCGCGACUUUGAGGAGGCGAUUGUGGAUGACGAGGGAGGCGAUGUUUCGCCAAGUGCGCGACGUGUCCGCCGACCAACCGUCGAGACUACUACUGACCAGCGAUCGGUAUCCCCACCCAACUCGGUGAAAGCCUUCGCCGAAGCACGCCGUCGCGAGCGUGGCAUGUCCUUCUCCGAAUCCAAGGCGGAGAGGAACGCCAGCGAAGAGGACCUGCACCGGACUGUAUCCAUCAGCAGUCGGCGUAGCCACCGCAGCCGCCCUUAUACGGCGGACGAUGGCGCCAGCCUGGCCACCAACCAGUCCGCGGCGGAGGACGUCUGCUUUCCUCUCCAGGACCCUCGUCGCAAGGACCAACUGUACAUCGACUUCGACUACCUCGAGAACUUCAUCCAUUCCGACCGAGCUUCGCGUACCGCCAGCCGUCGUAACUCUGCACGUUCCUUCCCGGAUCUUAGACAACAACAGACCUCGGAUGGUGGGCCGCCACAGCUGCAACUCAGCACUGUUGACGGGGAUAUUCUCAACAUGCCCUCUGACUCCUCGGUCGGACAGGAUGCAUCGGAACAGGAGAAAGAGCCUCCUAUCGAACACGUCAAGGCCAAGCCUACGACUACUCAGCAGCCCCUGGACCCCAAUCGCUUCAGUUUCUUUUCUUCAGCUUGGGAGUCUACAAUCCACGCGGCGGAGCUCGGCGACCUGGUUCUUCCGGGCGAGGAUCUUCGAGGGCUUUUUGCAUUGCCUGCCGACGAAUCCGAUGGAGUCUGGUGGCUGAACGUCAACAGCCCCACGAAGGAGGAGGUCACUGCCAUCUGCAAGGCCUUCGGCAUUCAUCCCCUAACCAUUGAGGAUAUCACGACUCAGGAAGCACGAGAGAAGAUUGAGCUGUUUCCAUCCUACUACUUUGCAAGCUUUCGGUCUUUUCACGCAGUUCAAGAAGAUGAUGGCCUGGAGUAUGAGCCGUACAACCUCUACGUGGUUGUCUUCCGUGAGGGCACUUUAAGCUUCAGCUUCGAGCCCAACGCCCACGCGUCACACGUAAGGAAGCGUAUUGCGCUGCUCAAGGACUAUGUUGCGCUCAGUAGCGACUGGAUCUGCUAUGCUCUCAUUGACGAUAUCGUGGAUUGCUUUGCCCCAGUUAUCCGGGACAUCGAAUUGGAGGCGGACGCUAUCGAAGACGGUGUAUUUGUGGCGCGCGAGGACGAUUCCAACCAGUUCCUGCGAUCUAUCGGCCGCGUGCGCAAGAACACCAUGGCUCUGAUGCGUCUCCUGGGGGGCAAGGCUGAUGUUCUCCGAGGUUUCACGAAACGUUGCAACGAGAACUACAAGGUUACGCCUCGAAUGGAUAUUGGUCUCUACCUUGGUGAUAUUCAGGACCACGUUGUCACCAUGGUCACCAACCUGGGCCACUUCGAGAAAAUCCUUUCUCGCUCCCACAGCAACUAUCUCGCCCAGCUUUCCAUCAACAGCAUCUCGCAGGGUACUCACACGAACCUAGUGCUCAGCAAGAUCACGUUCCUGGCAUCCAUUCUUGUGCCGCUCAACCUUGUCUGCGGCUUGUUUGGUAUGAAUGUUUGGGUUCCGUUCCAGGACACGAAGUCUCUUGCUCCUUUCUUCACCAUUCUCGGAAGCUUGAUCAUUUUCAGCAUUGUGAGCCUAACUCUGGCUCGCAAGUACAAGUACAUCUAG